AUGCCCUCUCUCAAAGUCGCCGAAUAUCUCUUCCGCCGGCUGCGCCAGCUGGGCGUGGAUUCUGUUCAUGGCGUCCCGGGCGAUUUCAACCUCACCCUCCUGGAUUAUGUGGAGCCUGCUGGGUUGCGCUGGGUCGGCAACGCGAAUGAGUUGAAUGCUGCCUACGCGGCUGACGGGUAUGCUAGGAUUAAGGGGAUUGGGGCGGUGGUUACGACCUUUGGGGUGGGGGAGCUGUCGGCCGUUAAUGCGAUUGCAGGGGCCUACACGGAACGCGCGCCGGUCGUGCAUAUCGUCGGGACUCCUUCCCGGGAACUCCAGGCCGGGCGCAAAUUGAUCCACCAUACCUUUAAUGACGGCGAGUACGGACGUUUCGCGAAGAUUCAUGCGCAGUUGACUGUCGCGCAGGCCAGUCUGCGGGACCCUCGGACCAGUCCGGAACAGAUCGACGAGGUGCUGCGCCAGUGUCUGCUGCACAGUCGGCCGGUGUAUAUUGAAGUGCCGGUGGAUAUGGUGGAUCGAUAUGUGGCGGAUGAUCGGCUGGGAGUUGCGAUCAACCAGCCGGAGGUGGUUCCUUCUCAGGUGCAGGAUGAUGUGGUGGCUCGGAUCGUGGAACGUAUCUAUGCGGCCAAGCAGCCGAUUAUUCUUGUCGAUGGAGAGAUUCGUCCGUUGGGCAUUGUCGAGGAGGUGCAGAAACUCGUGGAUGCCACCAAUUGGCCCACCUGGACUACAGUGUUUGGAAAGGGUCUACUGGACGAGACGAAGGCAAACUUCCACGGCAUCUAUCAGGGCACCUACGAUACUGCAGCAGUGCAACAGUUCUUCAACGCCGCCGACCUCGUCUUGUGUUUCGGGCCUCAUUUCAGCUCCACCAACUCCUACUUUUACUCCAUCAUUCCCAAACCCGAAUCCGCCAUUCUCUUCACCGAUACGGAAGUUCAGUUUGGCACCGACAUCGUCCGCGAUCUUCCCGCAAAGCUCAUCACCUCCCGUCUCGUGCAGAGCCUUGAUCUCUCUCAAACCUACCGUUACGAUCCCUACCCCAGCCUGCCGCAUGACCAGCGCCUCUCUUUUUCCGAUGUCGACAGCAGCCAGUCAAUCACCCAGGAUAAGCUGUGGCGGUUGCUGGCCAACUUCCUCCGUCCGGGUGAUAUCAUUCUCGGUGAAACUGGCACAGCAGGGUACGGCGUUCGAGAAAUGGCCUUGCCUCCACACACGCGCGUAUUCGCUCCAGUGACCUGGCUAUCCAUCGGAUAUAUGCUGCCAGGCGCACAGGGUGCGGCCCUCGCCCAGGAGGAACUGAUCGCGGCGUCCAAAUACCACGGAAUCAACGAUGCACGCACGAUCCUCCUCAUCGGCGACGGCAGUUUCCAAAUGACUGCCCAGGAACUCGCCACCAUCAUCAACCACAAGCUCAACGUGGUGGUAUUCCUGAUCAACAACGACGGAUACACCAUCGAACGAUGCAUCCAUGGCCGGAAGCAGCGGUACAAUGAUGUGCCGCGGUGGAGAUACCUGCAAGCUCCUAGCUUCUUCGGCGCGAGUGAAGAUGCCUACACGGGGACGGCUCGCACCUGGGGUGAAUUGGAGGACGUUCUAGCCAACGACGUAGUGAGCAAUGGGAAGGAAUUGCGCAUGGUAGAAGUCUUCAUGGAUCGCGAAGAUGCGCCCACGGGUCCAUUGUCGAUGCUGAUACAGAAGCAACAAGCGACGGACGGACUGUAGACACAUUCACAUGUUCAUAAAUCAAUUAAUGAGCAAGUCAUCUAUACGAUCUAACAAUAUCGCCUAACCAUAGUCUAUUUUAAC